CUUGAUCCUGGUGCAUUCUGGGGUUUGACAGGAUUCCAUAGACAUGGCGACCCGUGCGCUUGCUCUGUGUGUUCGCUCGCUUACCCGGUCCUCGACAAGGUUAUAUCAAGGAUCUGUGAUCGCUAGAUCAAGUAGUGCGCUGCUUAUUUCCAAUGACCGAUCAUUUUCUGCGAUUAGUUGUUCCCAGAGAACGCGGAGGAUCGAGCAGUCACGGGUUUCACAGCUGAGUCGACAGUAUGGAGGUCUGCCUCCUCUUACCUUAGAGGCAAUCUCAGAUCGUGUUAUGUACGUCUUGAAGCUGUAUGACAAGAUCAAUCCAGAGAAACUUAAAGGAACUUCUCACUUCAUGAAGGAUUUGGGGUUGGAUAGUUUGGACCAGGUGGAAAUUAUAAUGGCAAUGGAGGAUGAGUUUGGAUUUGAGAUCCCAGAUGCAGCAGCAGAGAAACUGAUGACUCCUGAGGAGAUCGUGCAGUUCAUCGCUGACAAGAAAGAUGUUUAUGAAUGAGGUGCGGCGGGGGUGACCUUGUAAUCCUGUUGAAUAAACUGCAGAUGUCACUGGGCAGUGUUUUUUUGUUUUUGUAUCCACUUGCUCACCUUCCCAAUCUGUGGCUAUCAAAGUCCACUGCCUUGCCGUAUGUACCACUGUAUGUAAUAAAAUAUGAGUUAUUUCUUUGAAGAAAAUAAUAAACAAGACCUAAAGAGAA